AUGGAUUAUAGUGGAGGUUUUGAUAACUACGAAGGAGGAUAUAACAAUGAAGAUACUUCAUUUCAGAAUGAUAGUUCUCAAAGACAACAAACACGUAGUUCUUUAACUCCUGUAACUAUUAAACAAAUUAAUGAAUCAACUCAACCUUAUCCUGAUGGUGACUUUCAAAUUAAUAAGGUUAACUUAAAUAUGGUUUCUUUCAUAGGAAUCUUCAGAAAGAUUGAAGAUAGAAAAUCUGCCUUAAAUAUUACCCUUGAAGAUGGUACAGGUGCCAUUACUGUACGUAAAUGGGUUGAUGAUAGUCAAACUUCAGCUGCUGAAGAAAUGGCUAAAUAUGAAUCUAUCAAAGGUAAAUAUGUUUAUUGUACUGGAGCUUUGAAAUCAUUUUCUGAUAAUAAAUCUAUUCAAAAUGCUACUAUAAAAGUCAUUGAAGAUCAUAAUGAAAUUACUUAUCAUUAUUUACAAGCUAUUUCAAUUCAUAUCAAAGCUCAAGGUAUUACUAUUCCAAAAGAUUCAAAGAAUGAUUUAUUUGUUAAUGAAGGUGCUUCACAAUCAGGUAAAUCAAUGGAUGAUAUGGUUCUUGAAAUAAUCAGAAAUAACUCCGCUACUAUGUCCGAAGGAGUACCUGUUCAAUUGAUUUCUCAAAAUUUAAAUAUUACUGAUAAUCAAGCUCAAGAACGUUGUAUUGCUUUGGUAGAAACAGGUAAAAUUUAUGCUGCUUAUGAUGAUCAAGCUUAUUUAGCCGUUUAG